UGCCCGGGGCCCGGCGGCCCGGCGGACGGGCGAGCAGCGGGCGAGGCCUUGCGUGGCGUAGCCCGGGCUUAGCCCCGGGCUGCUCGUACCGGCCGCGCCAUUGUUGGGGGAGGGGGUACUGCUGAGCGCGGCGGAGUCCGUGGACUAGCGAAGGCGUCGACAGCGGCGAGGAGUGGAAUCGCCCCAUGGGGAACACGCUGACCUGUUGCUUGUCCCCUAAUGCCAGCCCCAAGCGGGGCCGGCGCUCGGGGGUGGCGGAGCCGGACUUCGAGUCUGAGGUCUAUGAGGUGGCGGCCGGGGACGCCGUGGCAGUCGCACCAGCGCCGGCUGCCCCAGAGCCCACCGAGUUGGAUUUCGGAGCCGGCGAGGGCCACCACCUGCAGCACAUCAGCGACCGGGAGAUGCCCGAAGAUUUAGCUUUGGAAUCAAACCCUUCUGACCAUCCAAGGGCAAGCACAAUUUUCCUGAGCAAAUCUCAAACGGAUGUGCGAGAAAAGAGGAAGAGCAACCAUUUAAAUCAUGUAUCUCCAGGGCAGCUCACUAAAAAAUAUAGCUCAUGCUCAACAAUAUUUCUAGAUGACAGCACAGUCAGCCAGCCUAAUCUUAGAACCACAAUAAAAUGUGUGACCUUAGCAAUAUAUUACCACAUAAAGAACAGAGAUGCAAAUAGAUCCUUGGAUAUUUUUGAUGAGAGAUCACAUCCACUCACACGAGAAAAGGUUCCAGAGGAAUAUUUUAAGCAUGAUCCUGAACACAAAUUGAUUUACAGAUUUGUUCGAACUUUUAGUGCUGCACAGCUAACAGCUGAAUGUGCAAUAGUAACUUUGGUUUACUUAGAAAGGCUUUUAACUUAUGCUGAAAUCGACAUUUGUCCAACCAACUGGAAAAGAAUUGUUUUGGGAGCCAUUCUUCUUGCCUCCAAGGUUUGGGAUGAUCAGGCUGUAUGGAAUGUGGACUACUGCCAGAUCCUCAAGGACAUUACCGUCGAGGACAUGAAUGAGAUGGAAAGGCAUUUUUUGGAGCUACUUCAGUUUAAUAUUAAUGUUCCUGCCAGUGUUUAUGCCAAAUACUACUUUGACCUUCGCUCCUUGGCAGAUGACAAUGACGUGAUUUUUAUGUUUGCUCCUCUUAAUAAAGAAAGAGCACAAAACCUAGAGGCCAUUUCUAGAUUGUGUGACGACAACGAUUACAAAGACAUAUGUAGAGCUGCUAUGAGAAGGUCUUUCAGUGCUGAUAACGUCAUUGGUAUUCAGCGCUCUAAUGCCAUCAUUUCUUAAG